AUCUAUUCUUUUUAGAGGUUAACUGUAAGCGUUAGGGGAAGCACGUGAAAAUAUUGAAAGUGAAAGAAGAGAAGAGUAUUUUGUACGUGGAGCGUACAAAAACUUAUGUUACUGUGAAGAAAAGAGAAAGUCACGAUAUUUGAUUAAAUUGUAAACUUUAUUUAUUUCAUUAUACUUUGCUCUACAUUAUAUUUUCCUGAGUGAGAAAUACAAUGGAAGGAAAAACUAUACAGAAAAAUAGUUCCAAACGUAAGACACGCGGUAAUGACAAUGCACGGAAUCGCGCCGAUUCAAAGAUUUUAUAUAACAAAAAGUUUUCAACUCCUAUGACGAAAAAACGGAAAAAUAUUUAUGACCCAGAAGAGGAAGCUAGGUUGGAAAAGGAAGUCUUUGGUGAUCCCAGUGAUAUAAAGAAUUUGCUGAAGAAAGAAGAAUCUGUGACAGAAAUAAAAGAUGAUGAAUCUGCUGAUACUUAUUGUGAAAAACAGAGCAAUGAAAAAGCUAAAUUGAACCAUGAUGAUUCUUCUGUAAUAAAUGAUACUAAAGAUGCUAGCCUGAAAGAAAAAGAAGCUGCUUGGAUAGAUGAUGACGAUUGUAAUUAUACUGUGGAUACAGCUUUGGAUGCACAGAAUCGCACAUUACCAUGUAAAAGACCAGAGAAAUCAUAUGCGACAUAUUUGAAGAAUCAUUAUAAAAUAUUUGUGGGUACUCCAAAAUGGGCUAAACUCGAAGCAACUAAUGAAUCUGAUGAUGAUUCAGAUACCUUAAAGGGAUGUCGUUUUACAGUCAAAUCAAAAUCUGUGCACUUACCAAAAGAUAUAAUCGACAUCAAAGCACUCAAAGCGCUGAAUAAGAGUACUCAUACAGAAGGUCCUGUUGUCACAAGUGUGGAAUUUCAUUCAAAAUAUACAGUUGCACUGGUUGCUGGUGUAUCAGGUGUCAUUUCCUUUUUCCAGGUUGAUGGCCAUACAAACAAGAAGAUACACAGUGUACUACAUGAAAAAAAUCCAAUUAGUAAAGCAACCUUCAUGAGUGGAACGGAAGUUUUGAUUGGUUGUCAGCAUUCUUCAUAUUUUGAUAUUUUUGAUUUAAUAAAAAAGAAGACUUGUAAAGUACCUCUACCACACGGGAUUACGAAUAUGAAGCAUUUUGAGGUAUCUCCUAAUUACAAUUUCGUAGCAUUAUGUGGAAGAAGAGGUGAAGUCUCCUUGUUAGAUGGUUCUACGAAAGAGCUGAUCAGCAGGUUAAAUAUGAAUUCAAAAUGCAGAGCACUAGCUUUCACACCAGAUAAUAGAAACCUUAUCACACAUGGUGACGGUGGUGAAAUGUACAUAUGGGAUCUGAACAGCCGGACAUGCGUUCACCGUGCUAUCGAUGAUGGUUGUUUAUCUGGCACUUCAAUUGCUAUUUCCUCAAACAAUCAAUUUAUAGCAACAGGCAGUUCGCAUGGUGUGGUAAAUUUAUAUGAGACAGAAACUGUAUUUCAGAAACGAAAUCCUAUUCCUAUGAAAACUAUGAUGAAUCUUGUUACUGGUGUUACAAAUUUGAAAUUUAAUUCCACUAGUGAGAUAUUGGCGGCAGCAUCAAAUAUGAAGCACAAUGCUUUUAAGAUGAUACAUUUGCCAUCAUAUCAAGUAUUCUCCAAUUUUCCAGGAUUUCAAACUAAUAUAGGUAUGCCACAAUCGUUAAAUUUUUCUCCUGAAAGUGGCUACCUUUCGAUUUCAAAUAAGACUGGCUCUGCAUUGUUAUAUAGAUUACGACAUUAUGGGAAUUAUUAAUUUCUUAAGAAUGUGCAGACAUCUUAUGAAAAAACUGUAUAUAAACUGUAUAUAGACUGUAUAUAAACUAUAUAUUUUUACUUUAUGUAUACAUGUAUCUUUUCUUAUUAAUAAAUUGCAUGGAGAAAGA